AUGAAGCGCAGCAUGAGUGAUUUGGGGGAGUACCGGGGGAUCAUCAGCGUGAGCCGGCUGCUGCCCAAGGGGACGGAGGUCAAGGCGGCGGUGGACGAGGCCAUUGACAGGUGCUCCCAGAUCGGCAACCUGCGGGAGGACAUCAAGGCCUGCAAGCACAUCGCCGAGGCCGCCCCCGGCGCCGCCACCGACGACCCCCAAACCGCCGCCUGGGCCGCGCGCCAGCUCGGGGUGCACUACCUCAAGCGCUACUUCCUGCUGAUCGCGUACCGCAGCUUCAUAGACCAGGCGGCGGCGACUGGGCCGGCGGCGGCGGCGGGUGUCGGCGGCGGCCGUGGGGCCGGCGGCGGGGGCCAGGGCGCGGCGGGGCCGUCGUUUGUGAAGUGGAUGGAAGAGAGGCGGGAGCUCGGCCACCUGCUGGGACACCUGGACCUGGCGACAUGA